AACUCCUCCUAUUAAGGAAGUGCAGAGUCUGAGACGACUGUAGUCCUUUUGCUCUGGUGAUUUUAGAUUUAUUCUCAGUUCAUGGAGAAUUCUGAGUCUUAUUUUCUGCCCUGUGAAAGGAAGUGAUUACUAACUGGACCUACAAAGUUGUGUAUUAACUUUAAACAAACAUGAAAUCAGAGUGUGAUUACUUUUUACCAAAGUGAAAGUGAAACUCUGAACAUUUGGACUGGAGAGAAGAACAACCACAGCAGCAAAAUAAAAUGGCUUCGAAGUUUUCAGAGGAGGAUUUGUCCUGUCCUGUGUGCUAUGAAAUCUUCAAGGAUCCUGUUGUUCUGCGCUGCAGUCACAGUGUGUGUAAAGUGUGUUUGCAGCAGUUCUGGGCGACCAAAGGAUCCAGAGAAUGUCCUAUUUGUAGGAGGAAGUCAUCUAUGACUGAACCUCCAAGAAAUCUUGCCUUAAAGAACCUGUGUGAGACGUUCUUACAGGACAGAAGUCAGAGAUCAUCAGUUUCAGAAACAGUCUGCAGUCUGCACAGUGAGAAACUCAAACUCUUCUGUCUGGACGAUCAACAGCCGGUGUGUUUGGUGUGUCGGGAUUCAAGAAAACACACCAACCACAAAUUCUGCCCAAUUGAUGAGGCAUUAACAGAUUGUAAGGAGGGGCUGAAAACUGCACUGAAGCCCCUACAGGAGAAACUGAAGACCUUUAAAGACUGUAAACUGAACUGGAGUCAUACUGCAGAACAUAUAAAGAUUCAGGCCCAACACACAGAGAGGCGGAUUAAGGAGACGUUUGAGAAGCUUCACCAGUUUCUACGAGAUGAAGAGGCAGCCAGGAUCGCUGAACUGAGAGAGGAAGAGGAGCAGAAGAGUCAGAUGAUGAAGGAGAAGAUUGAGAAGCUGAGCAGAGACAUAGCGUCUCUUUCAGCCACAAUCAGAGCCGUAGAAGAGGAGAUGAGAGCUGAAGACAUCUCGUUCUUACAAAACUACAAGGCCACAGUGAAAAGAGCUCAGAGCACACUGCAGCAUCCAGAGGAGCUUUCAGGAGCAAUGAUCCAUGUGGCAAAACAUCUGGCCAACUUGAAGUUCAGAGUCUGGGAGAAGAUGCAGGAUGCUGUCCAAUACACACCUAUAACUCUGGACCCCAACACAGCUCAUCCUAAACUCAUUGUGUCUGAUGAUCUGACCAGCGUGAGAUUCAGUGAGAAACAGAAUCUUCCUGAUAAUCCAGAGAGAUUUGAUGUGUGUCCUUUUAUCCUCGGCUCUGAAGUCUUUAACUCAGGGACACACUGCUGGGACGUCGAAGUUGGAGACUGUACAAAGUGGUCACUGGGUGUGAUGACAGAAUGUGCUCAGAGGAAGGGAAAUGUAUCCUCCAGAAGUGGAAACUGGUGUGUGUGGAAUAAUGAUGGUAAAUAUAGAGCGUGUACUACACCACAGCAAUCCACACUCCUCUCACUAACGCAGAAACUCCAGAGGAUCACAAUGCAGCUGGACUGGGACAGAGGAAAUCUGUCGUUCUCCGACCCUCUCACUAACACACACAUACACACUUUCAAACACAGAUUUACUGACAAAUUACUGCCAUAUCUAGCUGUUGGUUGUACAAAAUCUCCUCUAAGGAUCCUCCCACUUCAGUGCUCUGUAAGAGUGAAUCAGAUCAGUUAGAUCCAAUACUGUUUUAUUCCAAUUAAUGAAAUAUUGCUGAUGAAAAGAUUCAUAUUCUUUGUGAAAGUCUCUUUUUACUGAAGCACUGAACAUUUCGUUGUGGAAAUUGUUUUAAAGCGUUAUAUCGUUAUUUUGAUUCUUCUUGUCAAGUACAUCAAAAUAACAUGAAAACUCAAAAGAAUAAUAUAAUAUCUAAAAUAUUGAUAUAUAUCUUGAAAUUACAGUUUAUUCAAUGAAAAUGAUGUAAUUUUAAGUUAAAAUAAUGACCUACUAUGUUGAAUAAUGAGUUAUUAAUUCAAAAUAAUGUAAUAUUAUGUUCAAAAAACAACAUUUUUUGCCACAACUUUCAGUUCAGGGCUUCCAGAAACAAAUAAACCACAAUCAUUAAAAAAAUAUGUUUAGAUGUCGAACUCUAUGAAUUAGAUUAUUUUAUUUUAUUCAUACAUAAUUUUAAAUAAAGUGAGACUUUGAAGACUCGUGUCUUUACUGUAUUUGUACUUGUUUGCGCUACGCUGUUAAUCCUGGGAGAAAUGUUUAGCUGGCCGUGUGUGUAAUAUGUGAGGAGGAGAAUUCAAAUUGAACUUUAAGAUUCCCUCCACGGCAUUUUAUGGUUUUGCAAAAAAUCAGAUGGAUUUGUAUGUUAAUCCUGCAUUAGGUGCUGAUUCACAAUUUGAACUAUAAUUCAGAACGAAAUAAAAUCACUUUGUGAAACGUUC